UUCUGCUGAAAGAAAGAAACAUGCUCCUAACUCUAGAACAGGAGGCCAAGCGACAGCGAUUACCAAUGCCGAGUCCAGAGAGGUUAGAAAAGGUGGUAGAUUCCAUGGAUGCCUUAGAUAAAGUUGUCCAGGAAAGAGAAGAUGCAUUAAGACUUCUUCAGACUGGUCAAGAAAAUGCUAGACCGGGUGCUUGGAGAAGAGACCUCUUUGGAAGACUCAUCUGGCACAAGUUCAAGCAGUGGCCUUUACCUUGGUACCUAAAUAAACGAUACAAUAGGAAACGAUUCUUUGCAAUGCCUUAUGUGGAACGUUUUGUCAGACUGCAAAUUGAGAAAUAUGCCCGCAUUCAAUCAAGGAAGAAAAGUUUAAUGAAAAAGAAAGAAAAAUUUCUUCAGGAGAAGUUUCCACAUCUUUCUGAAGCCCAGAAGUCAAGUCUUGCUUAAGAUGCCUGAACUCUUA